GGCACAGGGGACAAUCGGGACAGAAUUACUCGGACGCUGGCUGCUGUCACCUUGUGAUUAUUUUUUCCUCCCAAGGUUUGAUUUAAAAAGUUCGAACUCCGUUGACUGUCUUUCCCUUUGCUCACCCAGGCUCACCCUCUCUAUAACUCUUUUGCUUUCGUAUCGAUCUGCACAUAUAUACUCUGCUUUUCACAAGCACUCCACAUUCUCUUGAAUAACACUCAUUCCCCACAAUAGAAAAAAAUGUUUAUCAAAGCAGUCAUUUCUCUUGCCCUCGGUGCCUCCGCGCUCGCCAACGUCUUCAUCACCUCCCCUGUGGGAAGUACCACAUUUACUGCUGGACAGCAGGCAACUGUCUCCUGGCAAGACGAUGGCACAAGUCCAAACCUCACCUCUUUCGGCCCUGCUCUCAUUGGUAUCUACACUGGCAAUGCCGACCAACAAACAUUACUGCAAACCAUUAGUACCAACACUGACGUGUCGACCACCUCGUCGGUCAAUUUCACUCCCGAUGGGACCAUUGGACCUGACAGCAAUGAAUAUUUUGUUCGCUUCACGUCAAUCAGCUUGACAGAUGCUACGAACCCUCAAUACCCUGCGGAGGCCUUCUCUGCUAAAUUCACAAUGACUGGCAUGACCGGAACUUCUAGCGCUUCAGGCACUAUGGUGACAGUUGCCACGACUUCGGCUGCUGCAGCUACCAUCGGCUCAACAACAUCCCCUUCAACUGCUUCAACUUCAGCUACUGCUACCAGCACUGGCGCCGCUGGCAAGAUUGGCGUCACUGGUAUCACAUGCUUCGUCGGCGCUGCUGCAUCUCUCCUGGGUGCAAUGCUUCUGUAAUUUCCCUUCUUAUUUUGGAUUAUCUCUAUUCGAUGUUUCAUGGGACCAUUUGCUCUGAUGGGACGCUCUUGACGAUGUUUUGUGUCAAUAUGGCGUGACAGUAGAGUAUUCUUAUAACGGGCACGGAACAACUAAUUUCAAUUGCUGAUUUCUCUGCGUGUGUAU